UUCCGCGCCAGCCUCGGGACUCUCGGCUUCUUAUUGGACUACCAGUUUCCAAUCGGAAGGGUUUUUGAACCUCAGUCUUCGGGUGGCGCUGGCCAUUGGCGGACAGAAUGGGGGCGGGGCCUGAGGUCGUCGCCGGCACUGCCUGUGGAUAAGGCCCCCACCUACUUCAAAAUGACGCUAGACGUGGGGCCGGAGGAUGAGCUGCCCGACUGGGCUGCGGCCAAGGAGUUUUACCAGAAGUACGACCCUAAGGACGUCAUUGGCAGAGGAGUGAGCUCUGUAGUCCGCCGUUGCGUUCAUCGAGUUACUGGCCGGGAGUUUGCGGUGAAGAUCAUGGAGGUGACAGCUGAGCGGCUGAGUCCUGAGCAGCUGGAGGAGGUGCGAGAAGCCACGCGGCGAGAGACACACAUCCUUCGCCAGGUCGCCGGCCACCCCCACAUCAUCACUCUCAUCGAUUCCUACGAGUCUUCUAGCUUCAUGUUCCUGGUGUUUGACCUGAUGCGGAAGGGAGAGCUGUUUGACUAUCUCACAGAGAAGGUGGCCCUCUCAGAAAAGGAAACCAGGUCCAUCAUGAGGUCUCUGCUGGAAGCAGUGAGCUUUCUCCACGCCAACAACAUUGUACACCGAGACCUGAAGCCUGAGAAUAUUCUCCUAGAUGACAAUAUGCAGAUCCGACUGUCAGAUUUUGGGUUCUCCUGCCACUUGGAACCUGACGAGAAGCUUCGAGAGUUGUGUGGGACUCCAGGGUAUCUAGCACCAGAGAUCCUUAAGUGCUCCAUGGAUGAAACCCACCCAGGCUACGGCAAGGAGGUCGAUCUCUGGGCCUGUGGGGUGAUCUUGUUCACACUCCUGGCUGGCUCGCCACCAUUCUGGCACCGACGCCAGAUCCUGAUGUUACGCAUGAUCAUGGAGGGCCAGUACCAGUUUAGUUCACCUGAGUGGGAUGACCGUUCUGACACUGUGAAAGACCUGAUCUCGAGGCUGCUGCAGGUGGAUCCUGAGGAGCGCCUGACAGCUGAGCAAGCCCUACAGCACCCAUUCUUUGAGCGCUGUGAAGGCAGCCAACCCUGGAACCUCAGCCCCCGCCAGCGGUUCCGGGUGGCAGUGUGGACAGUGCUGGCUGCUGGACGGGUGGCCUUAAGCACCCACCGUGUACGGCCGCUGACCAAGAGUGCACUGUUGAGGGACCCUUAUGCGCUGCGGCCAGUGCGGCGCCUCAUUGACAGCUGUGCCUUCCGGCUCUAUGGACACUGGGUGAAGAAGGGUGAGCAGCAGAACCGGGCAGCCCUCUUCCAGCACCGGCCCCCAGGGCCUUUAUCCAUGAUGGGCCCUGAAGAGGAGGGGGACUCAGCUACUAUCACUGAAGAUGAGGCCAUGAUGGUGCUGGGCUAGUACUUCAGCCCUGAGGAAUCCCAGGAAGCAGAACUCUCCAGGAGGAGGAUUUUUAUCAUUCCAGCCCCUCUGGGCUAUGGCCUCAGGCCCCCAUGCCUGGCCAGGCCCGCCACUGAUCAAAGUAUCAUAGAGACCAGCCCUGUACACCUACCCACACUGGCCAGGGCUUUGAGAUCAGAGCUGAAGAGGAAGAGAGCCACCCAGAGUGCCAUGCCUGGCCUUAUCCAUGCUGCCUGUGCCACGUAUGCAAUAAAAUCUGCUACACGCCAGGGAGAGCCAGCGUCCUGUGU